AUGGCCUCUACAUUUCAGAUGCAGGCUUACUACCGGCCCAACCCUCUGACCGUCGACACAGCACAUGCGCAGAAGUACUUCGACGAGGAAGACAGCGGCAUACUCGACGACAGCAUUCUGGACCAAAGCGCUCUCGACUCGGGGUUAGAGAUGUCGCCUCCCAUGGCGGACAGCCGCAGAGACUCGUUUGCUAUUGCAGGAUCGUUGUUCUCCCCGAAGACCGAAGACUGGCACUCGGUCGACAUGCAAUCACUCCCCUCAAACAACCCGUUCCUGGAGCCGCAAAACAACACCAACCCCUUCACGAGAGCUGAUCAGUCGCAUACCUCGUACGCCUCCCAAAAUCAGCAAUGGUCGAUGGGCCAGGGCUCAGGUGCAUGCACACCGUUGCAAUAUGAUGGGCUCGAGGCUACAUAUGACGGCAACACCUCCAUCUUCCAACGCCCCAUGCCGAUGCAAACGCCUUUCAGCAACCCUGGCGCACACGUUCCACUGUUCUCUACUGUCGGCCCCAGCAACUCGUCGGUUCCGACUUCACCACAGAAGGAUUGGAUGGGUGACUUCAAGAAUCAAGCAAUGGCAAAGCGCAUGGGUCCAGGCAGUCCCUCUAUCCGGUCACACAACGAGCUGCGCCGUGGAGAUGGGAUCCGCAAGAAGAAUGCGAGGUUCGACAUUCCCGCCGAGCGCAACCUCACCAACAUCGAUCACUUGAUAUCUCAGUCACAGGACGACCAGGAGAUCAAGGAAUUGAAACAGCAAAAACGCCUUCUGCGCAAUCGGCAAGCGGCCCUCGACUCCAGACAGAGGAAGAAGAUGCAUACGGAGAGGCUGGAAGAUGAGAAGAAGCAGUACACUACUCUCAUCACCAACAUGGAAGACGACAUUGCCGACCUCAACCUCAAGCUAUCUGAACUUAUGCGCGAGAAAAACAUGUAUCAGGAUGCCGUUGAACAACUCAUGGUGGACAAGGAGAAUAUGGUCCAGACUCACACUCUGGAGACUGGUGAGCUGCGCAAAAAGGUCAGCAUCCUGACAGACCACGUGCAGAGACUCGAGAAUGCCGCCAUGCCCAGCAACGCUGGCUUUUCCAACGGCUUCAAUGAGAUGGAAGGCCUAACCAUGGAUGCGCCUUGGGACAACAUGGGCUUCAUGGGAGAGUAUCACCCCGUCGAGCAGGAGGUCAAGCAAGAGCUCCAGCUCGUCCAUACCAAGAAGACCGAGGUCGCCCUUCCCGCCGACGUCGAGAAGUCAGGUACCCAGGGAGGUCUGCUCUUCAUGCUCUUCCUCGUCGGUGCCUUCGUACUGUCCAACCGGUCUGCUCCAGCUAUCCCGCGAGUGUCGGAAGAUGUGCGAGAAGCUUCAGCCACGCUACUUGACAACAUCUUCAAGGAUGCCGGCGUGGCUCAUGCUCCCGACAACAUGGGACCUGCUGCUCCUCAACCGUCCGGCGCCAACUGGGCAUCGACAGCCUCGAUGCCGAUGGCAGGAAAUAGCAUGGAAGGCGUAGCACCAUCCAUGCUUGGUGACCUCGCCGACUCCCUCACUCAGCCGACCGAGCAGCAAACCAACGAGCAAGUCUUCUCCAUGACACCGGCGCAGUACAACGGCGUCAACUCUCAGGACUUCCUUCCGCCUCCCCAACAUCGCACAACUAGCCAAGGCCGGCGGAACCUAGCCGAGGCACUCUCCAACAUGCGCAACAACGAGAAGCAAUCGGCGGCGGAGGUAUACACGAGAUCUCUCCUGUGGGAUCAGAUACCCGGCGACGUUGUCAGGAACUUCGCCAAGAUGGUGGCGGAGUGCAACGGCGCCAACAGUGGGCAACCACAACACUGCAACGACGGACAUUCUUGA